AUGGGCUGAAAUCCAGCCUUUCAAAGUCGUGAAUCAGUCGCACAAUGGUCUCCUCAAUUCACCCCUACUCAGAGCCCACCGCGGAUUACCUUCAGCCCACCAAGCCAAGGAAACAAGCCUGUUUCAAGGCAUGUCGCCGACGCAAAAAACGAUGCGAUGGCAACCAGCCCGCAUGCUCAGCAUGCAGUGCAUGGAACGUCGAUUGCGUUUAUGCAUCCGGCCCCCAGAACAUGUUCGAUUAUAAUUUUCCCACUCCCAAUAGUCCCCUGGGGAUAGACCUGGCCUCUUUUGUCCACAAUCUGCCACUCACACCUCUGGACUUUCCACUAUCUCCACUUCCUUUGAAUACAAGCCAGCUAGUGUCGGAGGAUGGUGGGCCAUCUCCGGACAGCCUGACAUUGGUCGAUUCCUCUUAUCCUUCGUCGCGGAAUCUCUCAACCGAUCCUACAUCCCCAGCACCAUCGCCCGAGCAAACGGUCCAACUAGAAAACGAAUUCUUUGCCCGGUACCAUCCUCUUCUACCAUCUAUACACAAGCAAAGCUUUCAAUCUCGUCCGCGUGGCCCGCAGGGGCCGUUGUUAUCAAGGCCAUUGGAGUGGGCCAUCUUAGCCACCGCUGCAAGGACCCAUCGUGACGUGAAUGUCUCCUCCCAAGCAAGCGCUUUCUUACAAAUUGCCGUCGACUCACUCACCCAAAGCCCUCUUCUCCAGGAAAAUGUGUUGAAAAACUUGCAAGCAGCAGUGUGGUGCGUGUAUUCGCUUUACAAUGCUGGCGAGAUAGCCAAGUCCGUGGUAUUGCUGGCUCAGGCAUACUCCUUGGCCUGUUUGAAUGGACUGAAUAGACUGGAUGACCCCAGUCCCAACGUCCCGCUAGCAGUCCAGUUCUCUGCGCUUGAAUCAGAAGAAUGCCGCUGCACACUUUGGGCUCUCUUCAUCCUUGACCGACAUAUCAACUUCCUAAUGGGUCGCCAUUUCGUCGUAGAUGACACUCUCUGGUGCGUCAAUUACCCUUUAGACGACCGCUCUCUUCAGUAUGGCCUACGCCCGGACCCAGAACGCUACGAUCGAGAUCUUGCAUCGCUGGCUUCAGAGAACCCCAAUCUUUCAAUUGGGACUUCUCUUACUCGUUUCGUUUGCAAAGCUAGCGUCAUCCUAGGGCGCACAGUCAAAUACAAGACUAUAAACCCCAUACCUACACAUGCCGGUGAUGCCCGCAGCCGCCUAGCGGACUUUCAUGAGCUUCAGUCCGCACUGGCCUGCUUCUGGGUAUCGCUUCCAGUUUACGUUCAUAACAUCAGUGAAGUUCCGCCGGAAAAUGCGCUCCAAUGUGUCUGGUUGCUGAUCAUUCUCCACACCUGCUCCACGGUGCUUUUCUACAUAACUGAGGCAGAGCGCCGAAGCCCAGGAGAUACCAAUAUGCCCACCCAACAACAGAAUUUCCAGUGCUCCUACAAGUCUGUAGACAAGGUUGUGGCUACACUCCGUCAAAUUUCAGGGCUUGCAACUGAUGCGGUGUCGAAUCCGAUGCUAGCGUCCUCCUACUUUUUGUGCUGCCGUUUCAUUUUGGUGCAGUGGCGUCUCUCGCAACAGCAGUCGUACCGACUGGAUCUGAGCCUCGUUUCGAAAGUUUUGGAACGUAUGGCUCAGGGACAGGCACAUUUGCCGCGCAUAUACAAAAAUGUCAUUGACCAAGAGCUGGCGAGGAAUAUGCAGGAAGAAGGGAUCGUUCUCCAUUCGUUGUUGCCCACGGAUCUCUGUUUUCUGAUUUAGACUGGAUAUACCAUAGAUCUGGCGAAAUACGAUGCAUUGAUUGUAUUUGACCAUAGUUUGGGCAAUGUUGGAUAUGUGCGUGAUAAGGUUACAUAUAUUUAAACGUAUGGUUGCCGUGAUGGACAUCCAUCUUUAACAUGUGAUUGAGCACACCUUGCUAGGAAAAACACAGAAAUUUUUGUG